GCUUCGUCGGUCCUCCUCGACAACAUGAGCGACGCACAAUUCCGAACAUGGGUUUCCGAUAACGUUAUGAAGCUUCUCGGCAUGUCCGAGAAAACUGUUGUGGAUUACAUUAUUGCCUCGGCAAAGUCGGCAAAGUCCGAAGCUGCUCUGUCUAGAUCGCUGGAAGCAGCCGACCUACCUGCAACAGCGGACGCCAGACGGUUUGUAUCAGAGCUCUAUACACGCAUGGAUCGCCCGUUAUUGUCCUCCAAAAAGUCACAACGACGAGCUGCUGAGAAAGAAACGGUUCGCCUCAUACAAAAGAAUCAACAAUUCGGCUUGUUGUUGGAUGAUGACGAAGUGGUGGAUGGCAUGGAUAUAGAUGGCGAGCAGUCGAGGAAGAGGGACCGAAAAGAAAAGAAAGAAAAGAAGAAACUAAGGAAGAGAAAUGAAGAGGAGACAGCAAAAGGUUGGGAGAAGGACUCAGACGAUGAGCCGCCACUGAAGCGAACGAGACGAGAUUCCAUACCCAAGGAAGAGUCGGAUGACGAAUAUACCAGGGACGAGAAGGCAAGAGAACAGGACUUGAAAGAGCGAGAUGAGUUUGCGGCGAGGCUGCGUGAGAGAGAUAAGGAGAAGACUAAGAAGCUAGUGGAGGACAGGUCAUCCAAGCAGGAGGCGGAAGCUAAGAAGAGACGCUCAAUAGCGGAGGACAAGGAGGCUCGUAAUCAAGCCAUGCCAGACAUACGUGAGCGAUCUCGGCAAGAGUAUCUUAAGAAGCGUGAAGAUCAGCGACUCCAGCUAUUGCAGAAGAGGAUCGAGGAUGAGGAGUUCCUGUUCCAUAACGAAAAAUUGACAAAACGUGAGCGUAAAGAGCAUGAAUUGAAUAAGCAGGUACUUGAGAUCACCCGGGAGAGGCUACGAUUAAGUGACAAGGUGGAGGGGUAUCAAAUGCCGCAGGACUACAUCACGGAAAAAGGAAAAUUGGAUAAGAAAAAACAGGAGUCUGUUUUGUAUGCGCGGUAUGAAGACAACGGAGAUAUUGAGAGUUUCGUUACGGAGCAAGAGCAAUGGGAACAGAAUCAGAUUGUUAAGUCGCUUGCGAAAGUCGGGACCAAGGACAAAGCAAAGAAAGACGAGGAGGACUUCGAGUAUGUUUUUGAUGAUGAGCAACGCGUUGACUUUAUUCUCGAAGCUGUGGCAGAGAAAGAGGAGCUGGCCGCGGAGACUGGCCCGCAAGUUACCGAAGCCGAGCGAAAAGCCAUGUCUAUGAAAGAGGUUCGAGAGUCUUUGCCGGUUUUCACUUAUCGUGAAGAAUUAUUGUCUGCCGUGGAACAGUUCCAGGUGCUGAUCAUAGUUGGGGAGACGGGAUCCGGCAAAACGACCCAAAUACCGCAGUACUUGCAUGAGGCUGGUUACACCAAAAAGGGCAAGAUUGGAUGCACACAACCACGACGUGUUGCAGCCAUGAGUGUCGCGGCGCGUGUUGCAGACGAGAUGGGGACCAAGUUGGGGUCAGAGGUUGGAUAUUCCAUCCGGUUUGAGGACUGCACCUCCGACAAGACUAUUUUGAAGUACAUGACAGAUGGCAUGCUUCUCCGCGAGUUCUUAACCGAGCCGGACUUGGCUAGUUACAGCUGUCUGAUAAUCGAUGAAGCGCACGAGCGUACGCUACACACAGAUAUUUUGUUUGGCUUGGUCAAGGAUAUAUCCCGCUUUCGGCCAGACUUGAAGCUUCUGAUAUCCAGCGCCACGAUGGAUGCCGAGAAGUUUUCACAAUAUUUUGAUGACGCCCCCAUCUUCAAUAUCCCUGGACGUCGUUUCCCUGUCGAAACAUACCACACAGCAGCACCUGAGGCCAACUAUCUCGCGGCCGCUAUAACCACCAUCAUGACAAUACACAUCACUCAACCCAAGGGAGACAUCCUGUUAUUUUUGACGGGCCAGGAGGAAAUUGAACAAGCUGAUGAAGGCCUCCGAGCAAUUUGUCGACAGCUAGGUAGUAAAAUAGCGGAGCUCAUCAUCGUACCUUGUUACGCAAAUCUACCGUCGGAUUUGCAAGCCAAGAUCUUUGAGCCGACCCCAGAGGGAGCGCGGAAAGUGGUACUAGCGACAAACAUUGCGGAAACCUCAAUUACGAUUGACGGCGUGGUUUAUGUGAUCGAUCCCGGUUUUGAGAAACAAAACAACUACAACCCAAGAACAGGGAUGGAGUCAUUGGUCGUAGUUCCCUGUUCAAGAGCAUCGGCGAACCAACGGAAAGGUCGUGCGGGUCGUGUGGGACCCGGAAAGUGCUUCCGACUGUACACAGCUUGGGCAUACCAGAACGAGCUGGAAGAGAAUACCGUUCCAGAAAUCCAGCGAACAAAUAUGGGAAACACAGUACUCCUCCUGAAAUCCCUGGGAAUCAAUGAUUUGAUGAACUUUGACUUCAUGGAUGCCCCGCCAGCUGAGACGCUCAUCCGCGCAUUAGAGCAAUUGUAUGCUUUAGGUGCUUUAAACGAUCGAGGGGAGCUUACAAAACUGGGACGGAGAAUGGCAGAGUUUCCCUUGGACCCAAUGCUCAGCAAAACCAUCAUUGCGGCAGAAAAAUACGGCUGUACGGAUGAAAUCGUGUCGAUCAUAUCGAUGCUUUCCGUCGGAAAUUCCAUUUUCUACCGUCCAAAAAAUGAGCACGUUCACGCAGACCAAGCGCGGAAGAACUUUUUCCGACCAGGUGGUGAUCACCUCAUGCUGCUGGCAGUAUGGAAUACGUAUGUAGAGACAAAUUAUUCCAUCAACUGGUGUUACGAAAAUUACAUUCAACAUCGAUCAAUGAAACGAGCCCGGGAUCUUCGAGACCAGUUAACUGGUUUGAUGGAACGAACAGAGGUGCCUCUAGUAACAAAUCCAGAUCCUGGCAAUACAGUUCCCAUCCGGAAAGCUCUUACCGCCGGAUUUUUCUACAACACGGCCCGACUCCAAAAGAGUGGGGAUAGCUACCGAACAAUCAAGCACAACCAAACCGUUCUUAUACAUCCGAGCAGUAGUUUAUUCCAGGAGAAUCCGAAAUGGGUGCUGUACUUCGAGCUGGUGAUGACAAGCAAGGAAUACAUGAGACAAGUCAUUGAGAUCCAGUCGGAGUGGCUGUUGGAGGUUGCUCCACACUACUACAAAGCCAAGGAGCUAGAGGAUGAAUCGUCGCGAAAAAUGCCAAAAAGGCAAGGGAAGGCGCCAGAUGCAGGACGACUAUAGGUGUGUUAGGAAGUUACAGUGACGAUUUAGACAAACUCGGGGAGGAACUCUGUGUAAAUAACUUUGAAAGAAUUUACGGCUUAAUCAUAUUUCCCAAUUUUCAUUGAGUUCAUUAAAAUUGCGUCC